UCCUCUUCCUUCUUCGCGAGGAAUUCAGUAUUUAGCAAGGACGUUGUCAGCAGUGGAAAGUUGAGCCGAGAUGGGGAAAAUGCAAGUGUUGGGUGUAGUUGCUCUAUUGUUAGCAGUGUACUGCGUCCAUGCAAACAUUUACUUUCGGGAGGAGUUUCAAGACGGCGAUGAGUGGAGAAGUCGUUGGUUGAAUUCCAAACACAAAUCUGACUAUGGAGAGUGGAAACUGACGGCGGGCCACUUCUAUGGAGAUGCUGAGAAAGACAAAGGUCUGCAAACAAGCCAGGAUGCUCGUUUUUAUGCUACGUCUGCCCGUUUUGAGCCAUUUAGCAACGAGGGCAAGCCUUUGGUCAUUCAGUUUACAGUAAAGCAUGAGCAAAAGAUUGACUGUGGUGGCGGCUAUGUCAAGGUCUUCCCUGCUGACUUGGAUCAGACUGACUUGAAUGGAGAAUCUUCAUACUACAUCAUGUUUGGCCCUGAUAUCUGUGGCUACAGUACAAAAAAAGUCCACGUCAUCUUCAAUUACAAGGGCAAGAAUCACCUCAUCAAGAAAGAGAUCAAGUGCAAGGAUGAUGAGCUGACCCACAUGUACACGCUCAUCCUGAAUCCAGAUCAGACCUAUGAGGUGAAGAUUGAUAACGAGAAGGUUGAAUCUGGCAGUCUGGAGGAUGACUGGGAUUUCCUUCCCCCCAAGACCAUUAAAGACCCCAAGGCCAGUAAGCCAGAGGACUGGGACGAUCGUGCCAAGAUUGACGACGCUGAUGACACUAAGCCAGAGAACUGGGACAAACCUGAGAACUUUCCAGACCCUGAUGCUAAAAAGCCAAGUGACUGGGAUGAGGAUAUGGAUGGGGAGUGGGAGCCACCAAUGAUCCCCAACCCAGAGUACAAGGGAGAAUGGAAACCCAAACAGAUUGAUAACCCCAACUUUAAGGGAACCUGGGUGCAUCCUGAGAUUGACAAUCCUGAAUACAGUCCUGAUUCAAACAUCUACAAGUUUGACAAGAUCGCUGUAAUAGGUCUUGAUCUUUGGCAGGUGAAAUCUGGUACCAUCUUUGACAACUUUCUUAUCACGGAUGAUGUGAAGGAAGCAGAAGACAUUACAAUGGAGACAUGGGGUGUGACAAAGGAACCUGAGAGAAAGAUGAAACAGGAGCAGGAUGACUUGAAACGGAAGGAAGAGGAGGAGAAGAACAAAGAACAAGACAGCGAAGUUGUUGAGGAGGAGGAUGAUGAUGACGACGACGAGGAUGAUGAAGACAUGGAUGAGGAAGACACAAAGGAUGACAUGGAGGAGGCCCUUUCAGAAAUGGAUGAAGAGGAAGCAAAGCUUAAUAAAGAUGAGCUUUGAGGAGGUUUGGCCAGAGAUUGUGUGUGUGUCCCUCCUCUAGAAACUGUCCUGUAUUUCCCAGGGGUAUUGUGGCUGCUGUGCAUCCUUUCCCUGAGAGAUUUAAGAUUUUGGACACAAACCAAUUUGUGGGUGGGGACAAGGGGAUUUUAAUCGACAUACUUUGUGACCAAAAAUAAUUGCCCCAAACUCCUAGAUUUGUUCUAAUCCCCCAUCCCCAUUCUGUGGUGACAAAGAAUACGGAUAAUAAGACAUCCACUGUUUUCUUGAUUUUCUUGAUCUACACAUCAAAUUUGUAUGUUGACACAUUUUCAGAGAUUAUGAAUUAGCCAUUAUGACUACCUUGAUUAAUCCUAUGUAAAGGUGUUGUGCAAUUCGGGUAAAAAAAUAAAUACACAUAACUGAACAAAUACAAUCCAAUGUUGUAAGACUUGAGCAGAAUAUCACCAAAUACAAACAGACAUCAAGAUUGUAGUGCAACUUAUUUUGGUUGUCUGUAGCACUGACUUUUUCUUUUCUUUUCCACACUUGUUUUCAUUCCACACAAUGUUUAAUAUAAAUUAGUCUUCAUGUAAGUGCAGAAAUGAAAUUGUUUUUUCCUACAUGCAAAUGGCUGGGUGUGAUGGAUUCUGUGUUAUUUCCUGAAAGUCUGGAUAAACAGAUGGUGAGCCCCUGGUGUGACCCCAUGACAUUGCUAUGGGUCACACGCUUAUUUUCAUUGGACAGAAUGUUAUUGAUACCAAAGUUUUUAUUAAAAGAUUAUAACCAUA